ACGUAUUCUCCCGCUCCAUCACCCUCCCUCCCUCCUCCCCUCCUCCACCACCCCUUCCCUCUCUCCGCAUGACUACCCGCCAUGCCAGAAAAGCUGUCUAACUUUUUUGGCAAGCUCCGGCUGUCCUCGUCCUCGAAGCAGUCUUCUCCGCCUCCCUCGCCCUCGCUGCAAGCCGCUCCCCAGCAGCAACAAUCGCAGCAACAACAGCAACAGCAGCAGCAGUAUCAGCAUCAGCAGCAGCACCACCAUGAGAGUCCACAGACAGAGUACCAGUCGCGCUUCCGCACAAACAACAAGAAAAGGGAACCAAAGCCGGUCUACGAGUCCGCUACCACCGAAGCGCAGCGUAAAUCGGCGGCCACAGCCGCCGCUACUGCGCUCUACCACGCAUCCGCAUCCACAUCAAACGCUCCCAUCAUCGUCUCUGCGCCUGCGACCGCGAAUAAUUCAAAUGGCGCCUCGGUAGCGGCCAAUUCUGCUCUCUUGCAGAAACAGCGUAUUCAGCAGCAUCAACAACAGCAACAACAACAGCAACAGCAACAGCAACAACAACAACAGCAGCAGCAGCAUUCAUAUCAACCUUCACCGCUUUCGAUGCCGCCUAUGACGCAGGACGAAAAGCCCCACUCGAUCCGCUCGUAUUCCUCUCCUGCGAUCAUCACCCCGCCCACCAAAUCCACUCCGACGAUGCCGUCCACGCCCGGCAGCGAGUCGUCGUCGAGCCCGUCUCCGUAUGUGCCUCACAGCAACGGCAGCUCUACUCGCCGCGUUCCGUACGCUCUCGACUCGGCCAAGACCGUUGCUGGGCUGCCUACACUACAGUCGCUUCCGUCGUACCAAGCACAUAUGUUGAGUCAGCAAUCACAGAGCACGCCUCCCUCGCCUACCACGACGGGGAUCCACGCUCCGUACUUGACUUCCAAGAAGCGGACAACAUCUGACGACUGGGCCGAGCGCGGGGCGGCGGUGCAUAUCCAGCGCGAAGCCGAUGCGAAUGGAAAUAUCCAGAUUAAAACUAUUAAGAAGGGUGUGAAGGAUUUCACAUUUGGCCGAGUUCUCGGCGAGGGAUCGUUCUCGACCGUGGUUGCGGCCACAGAUCGCCAAACAUUGAGAGAGUACGCAAUCAAGGUCCUCGACAAGAGACACAUCAUCAAAGAGAAGAAAGUCAAAUAUGUCAAUGUCGAGAAAAAUACUCUCAAUCGGCUAGGAGAGCACCCUGGAAUUGUGAGAUUAUACUACACAUUUCAGGACGAGCGGAGCUUGUACUUCGUCCUUGAUCUGGCUCCAAACGGAGAGCUGUUCACUAUGCUCAAGAGGCUCGGGACGCUCAAUUUGGAGUGUGCACAAUAUUAUAGUGCACAGUUGCUCGACGCCAUCGAGUAUAUGCAUUCACGUGGGAUCAUACAUAGAGAUUUGAAACCCGAAAAUAUAUUGUUGGACGAAAAUAUGAGAGUAAAGGUCACAGAUUUUGGAUCGGCGAAAUUGUUGGAUCUCCCAAAACCGAUCCAGAACGAAGACGGCGAAGAGCAGAUUCCGCUGCACAAGUCAACUAUCGAGGAAGAGCGCGCGAGCUCGUUUGUCGGCACGGCCGAAUACGUUUCGCCCGAGCUUUUGAAUGACAAGGCAGCCUGCAAGAGCUCGGAUCUAUGGGCGUUUGGAUGUAUUCUGUUCCAGCUGCUCAGCGGACGGCCGCCGUUCAAGGCGACGAAUGAGUACCAGACGUUCCAAAAGAUUAUCAAGCUUGAGUACCAGUUCCCGGUUGCGUUUCCGAGCCAGGUCAAGGAUUUGGUGAGCAGGCUGCUGCAGCUCGAUCCCGCCAAGCGGUUGACUAUCCAGCAGAUCAAAGAGCAUCCGUUUUUCAGGGGCGUGAAGUUCGGGCCUCCGCUGUGGACGAGAAAGCCGCCGAGGCUGGCACCGAUCGAUGGCGGAUAUAGAUGAGUUUAUGUUAUGUUUCUGUAUUUCAUGAUGUGAUUAUAUCAUAUUUAUCAAUUUUUGAGCUAAAAAACUGUACAUAUUGGGUCGAGUGUUUUGGUAUACGCCGUCUUUAACCAAUUUUGUAUGCAAGGAGGGAAUGGGAGGAAGGAUAGGAAGGCUGUGCUACUAGUACCUUACAUCAAGGCUGUUUAUUAUUUUUGUCUGCAGAUAUAAAAGUGUCUUCAUCCACGUUGUGAACAAGGAAAGUAAGGAAA